ACCGAAACGCAGCCCUGGAAGCUGAUUGGGUGUGGCCGCCGCGGCCGGACGCAGCUCGGGGGACGUGGGAGGGGAGGCGGGAAACAGCUUAGUGGGUGUGGGGUCGCGCAGUUCCUUCAGCCAGGAGGUGAAGAGGUUUCGACAUGGCGGUGCAGCCGAAGGAGACGCUUCAGUUGGAGAGCGCGGCCGAGGUCGGCUUCGUGCGCUUCUUUCAGGGCAUGCCGGAGAAGCCGACCACCACGGUGCGCCUUUUCGACCGGGGCGACUUCUAUACGGCGCACGGCGAGGACGCGCUGCUGGCCGCCCGGGAGGUGUUCAAGACCCAGGGGGUGAUCAAGUACAUGGGGCCGGCAGGAGCAAAGAAUCUGCAGAGUGUUGUGCUUAGUAAAAUGAAUUUUGAAUCUUUUGUAAAAGAUCUUCUUCUGGUUCGUCAGUAUAGAGUUGAAGUUUAUAAGAAUAGAGCUGGAAAUAAGGCAUCCAAGGAGAAUGAUUGGUAUUUGGCAUAUAAGGCUUCUCCUGGCAAUCUCUCUCAGUUUGAAGACAUUCUCUUUGGUAACAAUGAUAUGUCAGCUUCCAUUGGUGUUGUGGGUGUUAAAAUGUCUGCAGUCGAUGGCCAGAGACAGGUUGGAGUUGGGUAUGUGGAUUCCAUACAGAGGAAACUAGGACUGUGUGAAUUCCCUGAUAAUGAUCAGUUCUCCAAUCUUGAGGCUCUCCUCAUCCAGAUUGGACCAAAGGAAUGUGUUUUACCUGGAGGGGAGACUGCUGGAGACAUGGGGAAACUGAGACAGAUUAUUCAAAGAGGAGGAAUUCUGAUCACAGAAAGAAAAAAAGCUGACUUUUCCACAAAAGACAUUUAUCAGGACCUCAACCGGUUGUUGAAAGGCAAAAAGGGAGAACAGAUGAUGAAUAGUGCUGUAUUGCCAGAAAUGGAGAAUCAGGUUGCAGUUUCAUCACUAUCUGCGGUAAUCAAGUUUUUAGAACUCUUAUCAGAUGAUUCCAAUUUUGGACAGUUUGAACUGACUACUUUUGACUUCAGCCAGUACAUGAAAUUGGAUAUUGCAGCAGUCAGAGCCCUUAACCUUUUUCAGGGUUCUGUUGAAGAUACCACUGGCUCUCAGUCUCUGGCUGCCUUGCUGAAUAAGUGUAAAACCCCUCAAGGACAAAGACUUGUUAACCAGUGGAUUAAGCAGCCUCUCAUGGAUAAGAACAGAAUAGAGGAGAGAUUGAAUUUAGUGGAAGCUUUUGUAGAAGAUGCAGAAUUGAGGCAGACUUUACAAGAAGAUUUACUUCGUCGAUUCCCAGAUCUUAACCGACUUGCCAAGAAGUUUCAAAGACAAGCAGCAAACUUACAAGAUUGUUACCGACUCUAUCAGGGUAUAAAUCAACUGCCUAAUGUUAUACAGGCUCUGGAAAAACAUGAAGGAAAACACCAGAAAUUAUUAUUGGCAGUUUUUGUGACUCCUCUUACUGAUCUUCGUUCUGAUUUCUCCAAGUUUCAGGAAAUGAUAGAAACAACUUUAGAUAUGGAUCAGGUGGAAAACCAUGAAUUCCUUGUAAAACCUUCAUUUGAUCCUAAUCUCAGUGAAUUAAGAGAAAUAAUGAAUGACUUGGAAAAGAAGAUGCAGUCAACAUUAAUAAGUGCAGCCAGAGAUCUUGGCUUGGACCCUGGCAAACAGAUUAAACUGGAUUCCAGUGCACAGUUUGGAUAUUACUUUCGUGUAACCUGUAAGGAAGAAAAAGUCCUUCGUAACAAUAAAAACUUUAGUACUGUAGAUAUCCAGAAGAAUGGUGUUAAAUUUACCAACAGCAAAUUGACUUCUUUAAAUGAAGAGUAUACCAAAAAUAAAACAGAAUAUGAAGAAGCCCAGGAUGCCAUUGUUAAAGAAAUUGUCAAUAUUUCUUCAGGCUAUGUAGAACCAAUGCAGACACUCAAUGAUGUGUUAGCUCAGCUAGAUGCUGUUGUCAGCUUUGCUCAUGUGUCAAAUGGAGCACCUGUUCCAUAUGUACGACCAGCCAUUUUGGAGAAAGGGCAAGGAAGAAUUAUGUUAAAAGCAUCCAGGCAUGCUUGUGUUGAAGUUCAAGAUGAAAUCGCAUUUAUUCCUAAUGACAUAUACUUUGAAAAAGAUAAACAGAUGUUCCACAUCAUUACUGGCCCCAAUAUGGGAGGUAAAUCAACAUAUAUUCGACAAACUGGGGUGAUAGUACUCAUGGCCCAAAUUGGGUGUUUUGUGCCAUGUGAGUCAGCAGAAGUGUCCAUUGUGGACUGCAUCUUGGCCCGGGUAGGGGCUGGUGACAGUCAAUUGAAAGGAGUCUCCACGUUCAUGGCUGAAAUGUUGGAAACUGCUUCUAUCCUCAGGUCUGCAACCAAAGAUUCAUUAAUAAUCAUAGAUGAAUUGGGAAGAGGAACUUCUACCUACGAUGGAUUUGGGUUAGCAUGGGCUAUAUCAGAAUACAUUGCAACAAAGAUUGGUGCUUUCUGCAUGUUUGCAACCCAUUUUCAUGAACUUACUGCCUUGGCCAAUCAGAUACCAACUGUUAAUAAUCUACAUGUCACAGCACUCACCACUGAAGAGACCUUAACUAUGCUUUAUCAGGUGAAGAAAGGUGUCUGUGAUCAAAGUUUUGGGAUUCAUGUUGCAGAGCUUGCUAAUUUCCCUAAGCAUGUAAUAGAGUGUGCUAAACAGAAAGCCCUGGAACUCGAGGAGUUUCAGUAUAUUGGAGAAUCACAAGGAUAUGAUAUCAUGGAACCAGCAGCAAAGAAGUGCUAUCUGGAAAGAGAGCAAGGUGAAAAAAUUAUUCAGGAGUUCCUGUCCAAGGUGAAACAAAUGCCCUUUACUGAAAUGUCAGAAGAAAACAUCACAAGAAAGUUAAAACAGCUGAAAGCUGAAGUAAUAGCAAAGAAUAAUAGCUUUGUAAAUGAAAUCAUUUCACGAAUAAAAGUUACUACGUGAAAAAUCCCAGUAAUGGAAUGAAGGUAAUAUUGAUAAGCUAUUGUCUAUAAUACUUUUAUAUUGUUUUAUAUUAACCCUUUUUCCAUAGUGUUAACUGUCAAUGCCCAUGGGCUAUCAACUUAAUAAGAUAUUUAGUAAUAUUUUACUCUGAGGACAUUUUCAAAGAUUUUUAUUUUGAAAAAUGAGAUCUGUAACUGAGGACUGUUUGCAGUUGACAUAGGCAAUAAUAAGUGAUGUGCUGAAUUUUAUAAAUAAAAUCAUGUAGUUUGUGGAA